AUGAAGGCUGUUUCAUUCAUCCUCGGCGCUCUCGCCUCCGUUACCUUCGCGCAACAACAGACACUCUGCAAGGAUUACGAGUACUUCUCUAGCAACGGUUAUGAGCUGAACAACAACAUCUGGGGUCGCAGUGCCGCAACCUCAGGACAACAAUGCACCUACGUAGACAGCGUGUCAAGCACAGGCGCUAAAUGGCAUACUCACUGGCAGUGGACUGGUGGCAAGGACAACGUCAAAUCCUACGUCUACUCAGGACGUCAGAUCACCAAGAAGCCCGUUAGCCAGUACAGCAACCUGGAGACAGAGGCAUACUGGGUCUACGACAGCAACAACAUCCGCUGCAAUGUUGCAUAUGACCUGUUCACUGCUGCGAACGUCAACCACGACACCAGCAGCGGUGACUACGAACUUAUGGUUUGGCUCGCAAGAUACGACGUCUACCCUAUCGGUACCUCGCAGGGUAUGGUGAACGUCGGUGGUCGCACUUGGGAACUCUUCUACGGCCCGAACGGCUCCAUGAAGGUCUACAGCUUCGUACCUUCCAGCCCCAUCAACAACUUCAAGGCGAACCUCAAGGACUUCUUCACCUACCUCCAGAACAACAAGGGUUAUCCCGCUUCGAGCCAGAACCUCAUCACUUACCAAUUCGGUACCGAGGCUUUCACUGGUGGACCUGCAACGUUCACUGUGAACCAGUGGUCUGCUAACGCGUGGUAA